GCACUUCCUUCACCAACUUGGCAAGCUUUCUUUUAGAUUUUCUUUUACUGUUGUAAUAUUACAUUAUUAACAAUGGCUUUCUCCAAGACUUUCCUUCUUCUUGGCUUCGCUUUUGCUGUUAUUCUUCUCGUCUCCUCAGAGGUCUCUGCUCGUGAGCUCGCUGAGACCACCCAGGGAACCAACGUGGAACAGUCCAAUUAUGCCGACCAUGGAUACGGACACGGAUACGGACACGGCCACGGUGGAUACGGACACGGUGGAUACGGACACGGUGGACAUGGACACGGUGGCCAUGGUGGCCAUGGCGGCCAUGGAGGCCAUGGCGGACAUGGCGGCCAUGGAGGCCAUGGCGGGCAUGGUGGUCAUGGAGGACACCCUGCUGAUAAAACUGAAGGUGGAGGGAACUAGAGAAAAUUUAGUUUCUUACAAGCUGAAAUAAGAUUGUGUAGGUUUUUAAAGUGUGUGUCAAUUAAUAAGUGUGCUCGGGGAUCUGGGGUUGAAUGUUUCAUAUUAAGAGAGCAUGGACAGUUGUAUUUGUUGAGUUUCGCUCGCUUAAUAUUUGUAUUUGUAUUACUCCAUCUUAUAAGUAUGUUUCUUUGAAACUUCUUUUAUAUAAUGAAAAUUUGUGCUAUCUACAA